UUCCGGUGCAGCCCAAACAACGGCACUGAUGUUAUUAUAGACAGAUCAUCUGCGCUUCAUAUCGUCCUGUUCCCCCUCACAUAAUGUCUGCUUCACGGCUCAUAUUGCUGGUCUUCGCGGUGUCACUAUGUCCCGGAGACUCCAGGCUCAUCAUAGACCCUCUGACACUCAUCAAACAGACAUCUCUGACGUUUGACAUCUGUUCAGAAUGCAGCCAGAUCAUCCAGCUGUCCAGCAACAUGAUUUCCAGCAGAGAUACUAAGGAAACCAUGUAUGAAUCCUUGCACGCUCUGUGCCAGCAUCUCCCCAGAGAACAGGCAUCAGAGUGUGAUUUACAGGUGAAGAUGUUUUUGCCAAAAGUCCUGCAGCAAACACCUGAUCAACUGAAAGCAGGUGAGACCUGUAUGGUUUUUGGACUUUGUGCUGCCCACAAGGACAAAGAACCACUGAAACUACCCCACCAUGCCACCUAUGAAGACAUCUCUGCACUCAGCACGUCCAGCGAUGCACAUGAGCAGAUCAACCCAGCCUGCACCCUGUGUUUGUUUCUUAUCAAGAAACUGGAAACACUGUUGCCCCAAAACAUGACUGAGGAUGCUUUAAUGAAGCUCAUGGAGGAGUUCUGCUAUCUUGUUCCUCACAGCUACAAGGACCAAUGUGAAGAUUUUGUAGACAAAUAUGGGACACAGAUAGUGGAGUUCCUCUUAUCGUCCGCAGCUCCUCACACAAUAUGUACCCUGCUGCACAUCUGUUUGUUCAAGGACACACCUGUUCCAGAGGUGUUCCUCCCCUCGGACUGUGAGUCGUGCCGCACGCUGGCUGUGCUGAGCCGACUUCACCUGGGUCUCAACUCCACCCAAACUCAAACAUCCUCCUUCCUCCAGUCUGUGUGUGUUCAUCACCCCAAAGCCAUUCCUAAGUGUGAGGCUUUCACCAAAAUCUAUGGCUCCCGGCUGCAGCAGGUUUUGGGAAACCAGCUGGACCAUCCAGAUGCUUGUGAAAGAGCUGAUCUGUGUGUUGCCACAAAGAAGUUGGAGCCGCUGGGGAAGAAUCGUUGUACUUGGGGACCGAGCUACUGGUGCAGAGACAUAAAAACUGCUCAGGAAUGUGGUAACGUGGCUUUCUGUGCGAAAUACAUGUGGAAGAAGAACAAAUGAAUCAACCUGCCAAACUGAAUGCAGCUCUGAAUAUUCUGUACUGUAUGUUCACAUCAGGAAACUACUUAUUAUCUCACAAAUAUAUUAUGUAACUGAUCAACUCUUAAUGUUUUUACAAGUUUAAUGCACUGAUUGUUUUUUUUUAACUUUUAGGCAAGUUGCUCCUUCUUGUAGGCUUGCAGUCAAUCAAUGAGCCAUAAAUGUUCUGGUUUGCAUGAAAUGUGUCACAAGACUGAGGCUGGGAUUCAGUCUGAAAUAUCAGUUUCUGCAGUGGUUACAGUUUUGUGAACAGUGGUAUUCUGUAAAUUGUUUAUGUAUGUCAUAAUGAAAGUGAAAAUGGAAAACACUGGAGCUUUCUGUCCAGUAUGAAUUAAAGACUAUUUGGACAACUGA